AUGGGCGCCGCCUGCGGCAAGAACAAGGCGAAGGAGCCCAAGAGGGCCGACCCGAAGGAGUUGGAGGAGAAGAAGCGGAAGGAGGAGGAGGAAAAGGCUGCCGCGGAAGCCGCAGCUCGGGAAGCAGAGCAGCGAGCCAAGGCGGAGGCGGCCCGGGCUGAGGCAGAGGCAGCCGAGGCCAGAGCACGUGAGGAAGAGGCAAAAGCAAAGGCAGAGCAGGAAGCAGCUGAAGCUGCCGCGGCAGCUGCUGAGCAAGCUCGUAAGGCCGAGGAAGAGGAGCGGCGCCGAAAGGAGGAGGAGGAAAGGAUAGCCGCCGAAGAGCAACGGAAAGCCCAGGAACAAGCUAUGGAACGGGAAAUGGCAGAGAAAGCUGCUGCUCAACAAGCUGCUGAGCAACCUGUUGAACAGCCGCAAGAGCCGCAAAGUGGUGAAAAGGAAAGGCAGCCUGUUGCAGAAGAUAUUGCCAGUGAAGCUACCAUGGAAACAUCCCGCCCUAUGCGCAAAAUAUCAGAACCCGACCACGGAGCUGCCCAAGGAGGCCGAAAAGCUCGCACGAUUACCCCUUGUGAUAUGACAGCAGUGGAUGAAACCAGUAUGUAUGUUAGCAAACGUUGUGGUUGCGACAUCGGGGCCGAACACAACGAAAACUCGUGUCCUGUUUGCCGCUGCAUUGAUCUCUCUGACGCUCCUCUUCUAAACUAA